AUGAAUUUACUGUGCCAUGUGGCUUUCCUGCUUCUGCUGGGAGAGGUGUCCUGCCAGAACAACCGCAAUGCCAAACCCAGCAGCAAGACUCCCAAGAAAACAGGGGCCCACAGUGGGGAGGGGGCCCAGUUGGCCCCGGAGGAUGAGUCCCUCUCAGUGCCAGUGGCAGUAGAGCACAGCAAGGAGCCAGGCCCCAGCGGCCGAGGAAAUUCCCAGCAGGCACCGGCCCUCCCCAAGCCCAGUGAUGACAUGAAGCUGCACUUCCUGAAAAACACGCAGGUCACUUGCAACGACGGCACAACGGCAGGAUUUUACUUAAAGGAAUUUAAAGGAAGUAAGCGAUGGCUGAUAUUUUUGGAAGGCGGUUGGUGCUGCUAUAACAAAGAGACCUGCGAUUCCAGGUAUAAAAAUAUCCCUCGUCUCAUGAGCUCAUCGGAGUGGCCUCAAACACGCAAAGGAAGUGGAAUUUUGUCCUCACAGCAAGAAGAAAAUCCUCACUGGUACAAUGCCAAUAUUGUGUUCAUCCCAUACUGCUCCAGCGAUGUGUGGAGUGGGACAGGCCCUCCAGCCAAGGCUCGACAAGGAAAAGACACAGCUGAAUACACCUUCAUGGGUUCCUUGAUCAUCCAAGAGGUGAUUAAAGACCUCACUCCCAAGGGGAUCAAACAGGCCAAGGUUGUCAUGCUGGCCGGAACAAGUGCUGGGGGAACAGGCGUGCUACUGAACAUCGAGAAGGUGUCCAGUCAGCUGGAGCAGCUGGGGGCGGAGGCACAGGUGCGGGGCCUGGUGGACUCCGGCUGGUUCCUGGAGAGCAAACAGCAGAAGGCACCAGAGUGCCCCGACAGCAUCUCAUGCACCCCUACGGAUGCCAUUAAGAAAGGCCUUCGGCUGUGGAAUGGCAUGAUCCCGGAGAAGUGUCGUCAGCAGUACAAGAGAGGCGAGGAAUGGCAGUGCUUCUUUGGGCAUAAGCUGUACUCCUCCUUGACCUCUCCUUUGUUUGUGGUGCAGUGGCUCUUUGAUGAGGAGCAGCUGAGGGUGGAGAACAUCUACCUGGGGGGACAGACUCUGUCUGAGCAGCAGUGGACCUACAUGCAGAACUUGGGCAAGGAGCUCAAGAACUCACUUAAGGACGUUACGGCUGUGUUUGCUCCCUCCUGCUUGUCCCACACAUUGAUCACUAAAAGUAACUGGAUGGAUUUCCAGGUUAAAGGAACCUCUCUUUCACGCGCUCUGCAGUGCUGGGACAAGAGUCUCCAGGAGGCAAAUAAAAACAGCAAGACGGCUUUGAAGGGCUGCCCCUUCCAUCUGAUCGACAAUUGCCAGUGGCCCCAGUGUAACCCCACCUGCCCAGCCCUGAUUGACCAGACCACUCGUCAGGAGCUCACCCUGCUCCAGGUGCUGGCGGCAAUGGGCCUGGAUCUGCAAAAGAUGGGCUUGGACCCUAAGGGGGAGGGCAGCCACCUAACUGGCAUGGUCAGUAAUGGGGGCUAG